UGUCUUCGGAGCCCAAACCAUUCAGCACAGCUCUCGUCCGGUGGCGGUGGGGGUGUCUGGAAAUAAGAGUCUAAUCUGGCUGAGCAGCUAUUGCAUUUUCGUGGGUUCAAACCGCAUAACCGUGAGUGACCGGUUGGAAGAUCUUCAUGUUGCGGCUGUUGCUUCUGUUCCUCAUAUCUGUCCAUCCCUUGUCACCACUGACAUUUAUGAUAUGGUUGCAAAAUCUGUGGCCAACGGAUGCGUGUUGAUGGAAUCCGUAAGGGAGGACCCUUAUCGUCCCGGUGUUCUUGUUGGCACCCUAAGGGACCCAUUUGGAGUGACAUGGAGUUUCUGCAAUAGCGCAAUUGGAUUUCUGUCUUCUUCUCAAUACUUGUCAGUGCUUCUGGUUUCUUCCCUAAAACCAAUGAAGAAUUCAGCGCAUAGAGCUGCUAAAUUGUUAUUGUUGGACAAUGCAACACCUGCAGUGAAGUUCCAUUAUGUCACUGCAGCGGGCACAGCUCGGAAGUAUGAGACAACAGGACCUUUGGAUUCCGUUGUGGUGUUCUCGGACUCCAUGGACUCGCUUACCCCUGACUUCAUCCAUACGAUGGAGGAGAAAGGCUCGAGGCUGAUCAUCAUGUGCAACAAGGGAGUUGUAAGAGAUGCUGCCAGCAGAAUGGUUGUGUAUAAGGAGCCAACUGACGAUCAUGAUUUGUCAGUUGCUCUGUCGCGCAUAGCAGACGGGUUAGCCCGAGAGAGAAGACGGUUUAUAUAACUUUGCACAUUCCACAAGAGUAUAUACAAGUGUGUAUCGCAAUGAACAGGACUCCAACCAAAUUUCUUUUUGAACAACAUUGUGUCUAAGGUAUAAUUUCUUGGUGUUAUUACCUUUUUCUGGGUCAAAUUUCUAAAGUAUAUUUGAUAUUGAUCAUAAAGAAACAAGUAUUUCAGCUUAAAACUGAACAAGGAAAGAGCUUGGUUAUCGAUCAAAAAAAGAAAAUAUAUCAAAAUCAAAUCUUUUUAGAUUAUGGUGCAUUUCUGGAAGAAAUAUUAUUCUUUGAACAUCCCUUUCAUGCAAACAAAUUCUAGAGAAGAAGAAAGUAGACAAUUACCGCAUCCAUGCCCACAUGCGUUGUGGCAAUUCGAUAACCACACGAUUUCAGAACUUCAAAGCACUCUGGAGUAGAGUUCCAAAGUUCAAUGUCCAACCAUUUCUCUGCCCCCAUACUGACAUGGCGAUUGUCUCUAUACCUGAAACAAGAUCAAGGGUUUUUUUAUUACAAAAGGGAAAAAAAAAAAAAAAAACGAAAGUUAAGAAAUGAAACCCAUUACAUAACAGCUUCAAUUAAACUUACUAAUCAAAAUCAAACAAAAACUAGUUUAGAAAAAUAUAAAUCUCCUUUCUAAUUUUAUACAUUUUUUGAACUAGAACCAGACCCUUUCACCUCACAUGCCGUUGCACCUUUUGGAGCUGUCGCACAAGAGCACAAGAACCGACUGAAACCCGAGGGACCGAAACGCGGCAGAGACGUUGCCGAAAUCGCCCAACCCUUCAACCACCAAACACACCGAGUAGCUCCGGUUCUUCACUGCGUUCC